CUCUCUUACUCCGUCUCAGAGGAGGUGAAUCUGGGGACUGUUGUCGGAAAUGUCGCGAAAGAUCUGAGCAUCAAUGUCCAGGAUUUGGAGCCCCGCAUGUUUCAGAUCGUUUCUGGAUCAAAGAGGAAAUAUUUCGAGGUAAAUCUAAAAACUGGAGCCCUCUAUGUUAACGAGAGAAUAGAUCGAGAGGAGCUUUGCGGUGAUGAGCCCAAAUGCUCACUCAGUGUAGAAGCUGUUAUUAAUAACCCUCUGAAACUGUAUCGUGUUGAAAUUAUUAUUUUAGAUGUGAAUGAUAAUUCCCCUUCAUUUGAAAGCACGUCACAAGAAAUCGACAUUUCUGAGAACACAGCGGAAGGAAUUAAAUUUCCUCUGCAUCAAGCACACGAUGCAGACGUGGGAAAAAAUUCCGUAAAUACCUACAAGCUGAGUCAUAAUGAACAUUUUUCAUUGACUACACAUAAAGAAGAGGGUGUGACUCCUGAGUUGGUGCUUCAGAGAGUUUUAGACAGAGAAAAACAGUCUAUGAUUAAGCUCACACUGACUGCCAUCGAUGGAGGAACACCUGCUAAAUCCGGAAGUAUGACUAUAAUAAUCAAUGUGUUAGAUAUUAAUGACAAUCCUCCGAUUUUCAGCCAACGGUUGUAUAAAGCCAGAGUCUACGAAAAUGUUAAAAUAGGCACAUCAAUAAUUACACUAAAUGCCACUGAUUUAGAUGAAGGACAGAAUGGAAAAGUGAUUUAUUUAUUCAGCAAAGUUGGUCGUGGGAAACAAAUAGAUGUGUUUUCUAUAAAUGAACAAACAGGGACUGUAACGAGCAAAAGGAAUAUUAAUUUUGAAGAAAAUAAUGCUUUUGAACUUCAAGUACAAGCCAGUGAUGGAGCUUCCUCGCCUAUGAGUUCACAUGCUAAAUUACUGGUUGAAGUAUUAGACGUUAAUGACAAUGCACCUGAAAUUUCAGUCACAUCACUGUUGAACACUGUUAAAGAGGAUGCAUCAGUUGGCACAGCCAUUGCUCUUGUUUCAGUAUUUGAU